AUGGGAGUUGAUAAUCGUGAUGUUAGUCGAUUUGCUGAUCGAAGUCGAGAACUUUGGUCUGAACAAACCAUGUCGGAAGUGAAAUAUAAAGAAAGCAAUUUUCUUCGUUGUUGUGGACGUUUUCCAUUUGCAUCAUUCAUUGCCUUUCUUCUUACAUUGAUUGGCACUAGUGUAUGUUGUGGAUGUCUUUAUUAUCUACUACCAGGAACGAUUGAGAAAAUUAAUAUCGCAUUUCAAGUCGAAUACAUAGAUAAUGAUUGGAAUCGAAUUUUGCGCUUAUCAACGAUAUUUGUGUUGGCAAUUAUGGGAGGAUUUUCGGUGAUUCUGCUCAUCGUCGGAUCAUUAGCAACAGGUGCUACACGUCAUCAGAUCUACACAGGUUUUCGUUCUCGUCUUGGCGGUCGUAUUGCAACAGGAUUUUUUUCUAUCAUUGUCUACAGUCUCUUGCUCAUCUGGUUAUUUGCAGUCUUAGCUUUAAUGGUACCAUGCAUUAGUCUAUACAUUCUUCAAUUUCGUUGCUUAGAAGCUUGGCAUAUUUCAAGUGCUUCAGAUUUUCCGAAUACUGCUUCACCAGUAUUAUGUUUAACGCCAGGAACAUAUGGUAUUCCAGUACCAAAACAUAAACCUGAUGUUAAAGUCUGUCAACAACAAUUCAAUGAAUUGUGCACAUUGACGAACUAUACACCAAGAUAUAUAGCUGCUUUAUUCGGUUCAUUCUUCGUUGUUUUGGGUUUGAUCCAAUUUCUUUGCUGUCUUGUGGCUAAUUAUGCGCAUAUAAAAGAUGGUAGAAAAUUACAUGAUUAUGAAGAAGCCAUUCGUGAAGAAAUGGAAACGUCCAAACUUAAUCAGGGCUAA